AUGAGAAAAGUGGUCAUAUCCAUCAGGUCUCAUAAUUUUCCCGAGCAAUUGACUCUGGUGUUUGAUUUGUUCGAGAACCUGGUGCCGAAAACGGUAGAACGAUUUGUUUCCCUUUGCACUGGACGAAACUCUUCAAAGGUAUCGUACAAGCUAGCUCCAAUUACCAGGGUGGUGGCCCCAGAAUUCAUAGUACAGGCAGGCAAGAUUGAAAGGCCUUCUCCAAGUGGUACACAGCCGUCUGAGAAACGGCUUUUGGAUAUACAGGAGUACAAUGAUGUGAUAUUAUCUGGGAGAAAUAAGAAUUUCGUUAGUUCUGGACUGCUGUGUGUGGCUGAAAUGCCGGAGGACUCUGAAUAUGACGAAGAGAUUGUUUCUGUUUCAUCGCCUGAAUUUUUCAUAACUUUGCAGAGUCUCUCUCAAUACGAGGAAAAAUUGAGCAAGUAUCUUGUGAUCGGUCGGCUUGCGAGUGAUCUAGAUCAGUUCGUUGAUUGGAUGUCGCAAAUUAAGGUGGACAAGAGUGACGUGCCGGUGUCAGCGAUAUGGAUAGAUCGAUGUGGAGAGUUAAUACCCAAUGCUAAUGAGAAGACUGAGCCGGAGAUCGUUAAGGAGAAGCAGAAACGGCGUAAACAUCAUCGCCACUCUGAUAGAAAAGAGGGAAAGGUGAAAAAGUUGCGAUUUGUGGGUGAAAAUUGA